UCUUCACACCAACACCAACAGAUCAAUCCAAUAGCAUAACACAUAAUAAACUGCUCCGGUUUUACUUCCUCUCUCUCUCAAAAAGAUGUCGUUUUUUCGAGAUGUUCAUCAUAACAACACCCUCAAACAGAGACAAAACAUCUUUUCCUUGAAAUCAACUGUAAACUCAAGCAAUUCUCUAGACUCAAACGAAUCAAUUCAACAUCAAGAUCUUACUGAUGAUACCUCAUUAAAUGACUUUUUUGAUGAUUUCAAAAAAAACAAGUCUUCUUCAAGCUUAGGCUUAAACAAUAAAAUUCCCUCCAAGUUUCAAUUAAAUAAAGAGAAAAAAGAUUCACUAAUUACAACCAAAUUCAAACCCUCCAAAUCUCCAUUUUACCAAAAAUCAAAUCUACACUCCAUCUCCAAUUCUAAUUCCAAUUCUAAUUCCAAUCCGAACUCAAAUCCAAACCCCAAUUCAAAUACAAAUCAUAACAUAACCUCAAAUUCAUCUGCAAAUUCUAUAAAAACACAAUACGUUGAAUCAAUUUCAAAUUACAACUCGGAAAUCAAUUCUACUCCAAACAAUUCCCUCUCUGAAGAGCUAAUUCAAUCUGAUGAUCUCUCCGUCAUCUCCAUAGAUGAAGUUGACAAUGCUUCAAACAUUAUAAAAAAUAACAAGGAUUCUCCUAAUAAUCCUCAAGAAAUUGUAACAACCAAUUCUCAAACCGUUGAUAAAAAAACCCCAAAUGAAAAUAAAAAUAGCUCGAGCUAUAAAUGUGAACAAAUUGACUCAUCUAAUAAUUCUGAUAUUCAAACAGAUAUUGCAGUUGCCAACGAUAGUCUAAUAAUUAAUUUUCCUCAAAACACUUCUACUCCAAUUAAACAUACAAGGAAAAAGAAUACCUUGUUUCAAAAUAAUAAUAAUAAUAAACCAAACCGUUUCAAAUCAUCAACUGAUCUCAAUAUCUUUAAUAAGAAAAAUGUCAUGGAAAAUGAAAAUCACUCACAAGAGGCAAAAUCAAAGUUUUCUGAACUCAGUAAUUCGACUUAUGACCCAGAACUAGAUUCCACAUUGAGACCUUUAUUAGUGUCAAUUAAUAGACUACAAAACACAAAGACAAAACUAGAAGAUGAAAUCAAUUCAUUGAAAAAUCAAAUUUCUACCAAGAAUAAAAAUUUGCAAACUUAUGAUGAAAAACUAAAGAAUUUAUCAUUAAAAUUUGAGAAUUUUAAGGAUCUUUAUUCUAAUUUACAAAAAUCAAAUUCCCUGUUUGUUGAAGAAAAAAAAGUAUAUUCAUCCAUGUUAGAUCAAUAUUCUGGAUCCCAGAAAUCAAUAAAGUGUGAAAUUGAAUCAUUGAAAUCUGAAAUUUGCGAGACAAAAAAUAAAUUGCAAACAUCAACUCAGAAAUUUCAUAUGAUUAAACAAGAGUUAGACUUUAAUCUUACAAUAAAUUCGCUAAGAGAUCAAAUAGACGACAUUUCAGGUCGUUUAUCAGAAGAAAAAAUGAACUCAUAUAGAAUAAGACAAGAACUCGAUGAUACUCGUAAUAACCAUAAUUCUUUUGUUGAAAAAGAAUUAAAAAAUAAGACCGAAUUUAUUGAACAACAUUCUAAGGAUAUUAAUUUAAUAAAGGAAUUGUUUUCUAAAGAGUCACAGAAAUUAUUUGAGCAAAUAAAGUUAGAAUUUCCUUUAAUAUCGGAAGAAAUAAAUAAGAUUUUUAUAAAAAUUUCUGAAAAUUUUAAAUUAUCCGAAAAAACAGCGCUUGUUCAAUAUGAAUCAUCAAGCAAAACUUUAUCCGAAGUAUUAAAUCAAUUAGAUAGUAAAAUUGAUCAGGAGUUCUUAAAAUCUGUUUUAAGUCUAGAUACUCUAAGUGAAUCAUCUUUAAAAAUCCAAAAAGAAAUAGAAAUGAUUAAUAAAUUGUUUAAAGAGAAAAAUCAAACCGAUUUGGAGGUUGCAAAACAAAAUAAAAUUGGCAAUAUUGAAAUAUUAAACAACGAAUUCUUUCAAAUUAAAGAUCUUAUUUCCAAAUUGACGAUAGAUGAAAAAACUAGUCAACAAAAGAUUAAAAGUUUUGAAGAAAACAUUAAUAAAAUUCAAGAAGAAAAAAAUCAAAUUAAUCAGAAAUAUGUCUCUACAAAAGCUCAAGAAUCUAUUCUCAAUGAUAUUAUUACUAAGAUGAACUUCGAUAAAGAAAAGCUUAUAGCUGAUAACAAAAUUCUAAAAGAGCAGUUAGCUGAAUCAAAAAAAAUUGUUAAUGAUCACAAAUUGAAAAUUUCUUUGUUUAAUCUGAGUUUUGAAUUGGAAAAACAAUCUCUUAAUAAAGAUUUUGAAACUAAAAUGCAGCUUCAGAAUAAUCUACUUGAAAAAUCUGAAACUUUAAGCAAAGAAACUAAAAUUGAGUGCCAAAAUUUGGUAAGGUUUGACUGUUUUAAUAAUAAUUUAUAUCUUGGUUUUAAUAUUCGUCUUUCUAACUUUUAAUAUUUUUUUUAGCAAAAUCAACUUUCCAAAAAAGAUAUAAUUAUUUCUAAAUUACAAAUUAACACAAGUACAAUGACCGAAAAAUUGAAAAUUGAAACUGAAAAAAUUAUGAAAAUAUUUGAAAAGAAAUUGGAUAGUUCUAAUCUAUUAUUAAAAGAUUUGAAAAAUGAGUGUUUAAAGUUAAAAGCUGAAAUGGAAGAUAAAAUUAAUUUUUAUGAAAACAAGAUUGAAAUGAAAGAAAAAGCCAUAGAAACCUUAAAAGAAACAAUAGACAACGAAAAAUUAGGCGCAUUUGAAAGUUUUGAAUCUCAUUUAAAAACUCAAAACGAGU